CCCUUCAAACAUCCCACAGACACUCCUAGGAAAACAAGCCUUCUUGGGAACAGAACCCCAGAGCACAGCAGUACACCUUCUCUCAUCUCACCCUCGAUGCCUAUCUCUGAUCUCAGGAUGUGGACUCUACUGCUUGGGGUUAUUUUCGGACUUCUGGCACCUGUUCAGUCCGACCCUGUUCCUGUCUCGACAGAACCUCCCGCUCUGGCUGCUGGGGAUUUUCUUUGGGAAACUUUCAAGAUCUUCAAGAAGCUUGUAGUGGGUCCCCCGGAUGCCACCAAUGGAACAUCCAGCAGUGACGAAACAGUGGACCUAGAUCAUUUGGUGACCCCUGACCCUGUGACAUCUGACCCGGAAGACCAGCUGCCCACCAUUGACCCAGAGGAGGGCAGCACAGAUGAGACAGAGGGCACCACUGCAGAGGGCAGUAUGAAACACCCCACUUCAGGACAAGACGAUGAAGGGGAGCUGUUUGACGCCAACCUUAAACCUAGCUUUAACCUCCGCCCCAGUCCAACUCCUCGCCCCAGUCCAACUCCUCGCCCCAGUCAAAGCAACACAGAGGACAAUUAUGAAAAGUACGACUAUGAUUCCAGUCCAAGUGAUAGACCUGAUUCACCAGAGGAAGAUGAAAUGAUCCUGGAUACCGAAAGCCCCACAGCAGAGUUUGUCCCCACAGCAGAGUUUGUCCCCACAGCAGAGUUUGUCCCCACUGCAGAGUUUGUCCCCACAGCAGAGUUUGUCCCCACAGCAGAGUUUGUCCCCACAGCAGAGGUUGUCUCCACAGUAGAGUUUGUCCCCACUGCAGAGUUUGUCCCCACAGCAGAGUUUGUCCCCACUGCAGAGUUUGUCCCCACAGCAGAGUUUGUCCCCACAGCAGAGGUUGUCCCCACAGCAGAGUUUGUCCCCACAGCAGAGUUUGUCCCCACAGCAGAGGUUGUCCCCACAGUAGAGUUUGUCCCCACUGCAGAGUUUGUCCCCACAGCAGAGUUUGUCCCCACUGCAGAGUUUGUCCCCACAGCAGAGUUUGUCCCCACAGCAGAGGUUGUCCCCACAGCAGAGUUUGUCCCCACUGCAGAGUUUGUCCCCACAGCAGAGUUUGUCCCCACAGCAGAGUUUGUCCCCACAGCAGAGGUUGUCCCCACAGCAGAGUUUGUCCCCACAGCAGAGGUUGUCCCCACAGCAGAGUUUGUCCCCACAGCAGAGUUUGUCCCCACAGCAGAGUUUGUCCCCACAACAGAGCUAGAGGAGUUGGAGGACGAUAUAUUCAGACCAAACUUUGUCGCCAGCCCUAGUCGUGUACCGGAUCCCAGUCCCAGCCAUAGUCCCAUCUCAGAGUUUGAAGAAGAAGACCUGUUACCUCUUAGCCUUGAUCCAAGCUUUAGUACCACCUCCAGACCUAGCCAAAGUUCGGGGAGCAGCCAUACACCUAGUUCUAACCGAACCAGUAUGACAGGCUUGGAGGAAGGCGGGGCUGCAAAGAUGAACACAGAGCUGACCUCAACCACCAGUUCUGCCGCACCUACAACAGUCAGGAUGAAUUCAGACAUCGAAGGGUCAGGGUCGGAAUUCCUGCCUCAGAGUAGCACCACAGUAGCAGCCCCUGCUGGUGAGGAGGGCCAAACGUACAACUCCCGAGUCGAUAAGCCACUCAUUGAAACAAAGACAAGAAUUCAAGGCAGCAAUAGGCUUGCUCUACCAAGGGAGGAACCGGCAGUGGAUACCUCUACAGUUCUUCGUGAUGCAGCUGCUGUAAAACCAACCCCAUCCAGACAACAUGAUUCAUAUACAUCGGGUUGGUUGAUCAUCGUUGCCUUUGUCGCGGGCGUGGCGGUGUUGGUCGUAAUCUGUGUCGCCAUAGGUACCAGAGACAGGUGGAAUGCACCGGCCCAGGCAUCUGAGAAGAAGGUCGCCAACGAGAGCUCAGGAGAUGAGAAGGCGGAGCGGGAAAUGGAGAGGUUUCUGUCUAAAGAGAGGCCAAGGGAAAACAACCACGCUGGAGAGUACACUGUUAUACUUCUGGAGGACCUCCCUGAGAAAGAGCCGCUGGACUGAGACGGGCCAAGGAGAUGCAGAACGGGGACAAAAUAAGAACAACGGACACCUGAGACAUAGAAUGGAACAGGUCUCCCCAUUCUAGUCAAUGGUGGCAUAAUGGGUGGCAUAAUGGGUGGCAUAAUGGGUGGCAUAAUGGGUGGCAUAAUGGGUGGCAUAAUGGGUGGCAUAAUGGGUGGCAUAAUGGGUGGAUCCCCCCAUUCUUGACACACACAGGAAACUGUUGAGUGUGAAAAACCCAGCAGCAUUGCAGUUCUUGACACAAACGGGUGCACCUGGCACCUACCCUGUUCAAAGGCACUUAAAUAUUUUGUCUUGCCCAUUCACCCUCUGAAUGGCUCACAGACACAAUCCAUGUCUCAAUUGUCUCAAAGCACAAUCCAGUCUCCUCCCCUUCUUCUACACUGAUUGAAGUGAAUUUAACAAGUGACAUCAAUAAUGGAUCAUGGCUUUCACCUGGAUUCACCUGGUCAGUCUAUGUUAUGGAAAGAUUUCUCACAGCAGGGAAAGAAUCCUGCAGCAACUGGAAAUGUGAAUGAUUGUGUGGUUUAUAAUUCAUUUUUGUAGGGGUUGAUAAUGCAUUUUUGUACUUACGGCAAAUCAAGUCUGACAUUUUUAAGCGGAAAUUACAAACUUUAGAACUCUUUUUAAACUUUGAAUAACUACAAGUUUGCAUUUCCUACCUUGCAGGAAAUUUGCUGCAACAACCGGGUGAUCAAAUUAAGACCCUACAUCUGUAGCUAGUGAUUCCUGAUUCUAUGACUAUGAAUGGAGACAUUCUAGAAUGUAUGUGGGACACGUCUGUGGCGUGUGAGUUUGAACUGUCCCUUUGACCUUUGGUAGCCCAGAUAAGUCAGAUUGAUAAACACCUGUUCUGAUGGGCUAUGGAUGAACACGUCGCUAUAUGUCUGUUGACAUUAUGUAUAUUAUCAAAGUUACAAACACUGUCAGAACCAUUGAUAGAAAAAAAGAAAACAAGGUCAUACUGAAUUUCUAAUUCUCACUCACCGACCAGUGUUGUUGUUGUUGUUGUUGUUGUUAUUGUUGUUGUUGUUAUUGUUGUUGUUAUUUUUGUUUUGAUAUUGCACUAUUUUUUUAUCAACAAAUCUUAUUUGUGUACAUGUUUUUGAUCAACCUGUAAAAGAAAAUACAGAAUCCAUACAGAAUAUAAAUGAAUGUCUUCCUAGGUGUUUCAUAGUGACACACACUCAGGGACUCACAUAAGUGCUACACAGCCACAAUAAGUCAAGCAUAGCAGAAAGACUGAAUACCAACCUACUUAGAGCCCUGCUUUUCACUACAUUUCCACUGGGUGUAAAAUCCUGCUGACUGUGGCAUUACGUAUUGUUCAGAUGAAUGCCGGUAUGUGAGUCAUAGUAAGUAUAAUAUACUUUAUACUUCAUAUGUAUUCGUUUUAAACACUCAGUGUUCUUCUAGUUUUAGACAGUUGUAUGAUGCUCAGUGCAUAGCUACUGCUGCAGUAUAAUGGAUGCAUUUUAAACCAUUACAACACUUCAUUAGUCAGCUACACUAAAUGGUUACCAAAUGUAGUUUCUCCCUUGUAUUUCCACGUCUGUUCAUAAAGUGUACUGCAGAUCAUUUUAAACUAUGAACUAACUACAACUACUGAGGUUUAAAUACAACUACUACCGUGCUUUGGUACUCUGGGACCAUACGUCAUGAAAGAAACAAUCAGUUUUUCAUUUUUAAUUUCAACAUUUAUUGGUUUCCAUAAUUAUAUGUACACAAGAAGUAGUAAAACACUUUACCACA